AUGUGGGAAAGAGAAACCUCCCUGGGACAACAAAUAGAGGAGGCAUGGAUGCAUCAACCGCAGGCAAAUGAUUUGGAUGACAUUCAAAAGAAGUUGAGUGCUACCAUGGAGUCCAUGUGUAGCUGGAGCAACAAGGUGUUUGGAUCUGUUAAUAAAGAAAUAAAACACCUCAAAAGCAGGUUAGAAGAACUUCAGAAAAGGGAUUUCUUGGGAAACCAAGAAGAAAUCAGGAAAGUGUCUGUCCAGCUUGAUGAGAUACUUCUGAGAGAGGAAGUUAUGUGGAAACAACGAUCGAGAAUACAGUGGCUGAGGGAAGGAGACCAGAACACUAGGUUCUUCCACCGAAAAGCUUCAGCAAGGUACAAAAAGAACAGAAUUGUGAGGCUAAAAAGACAAGAUGAAUCCUAUGCUAUUGAUGAAGAGGAGAUUCUGUCCACAACUCAAAGUUUCUUUGACAACCUCUACUCAAAGGAACACGACAUUGAACCGGACACUCUUCUUCAGUUUGUUGAACCGGUGGUCACUGAACAGAUAAACAUGCAACUUACUAAAGACUUCUCGGAUGAUGAAAUCAGCGACGCGUUGUUUCAAAUUGGUCCACUCAAAGCCCCAGGACCUGACGGUCUACCAGCAAGGUUCUUCCAAAGAAACUGGGCACUCCUGCGAGCGGAAACAUGCAAAGCAAUCAAGAAGUUCUUCCGAGAUGGUACUAUGCCAGACGGAAUCAACAUGACAAAAAUAGUCCUCAUUCCAAAGACAAAUGAAGCUGACGACCUCAAAGAUUACAGACCAAUAUCCCUCUGCAAUGUAGUCUAUAAGAUUAUAUCGAAGUGUCUGGUAAAUAGGUUGAGACCUUAUCUCCAAGACCUUAUUGAUGAAACUCAGAGCGCAUUUAUUCCCGGAAGAUUAAUCUCCGAUAAUGCCCUGAUUGCUUUUGAGUGCUUCCAUACCAUACAAAGGAACAAAAAACCUGGUGACUCAUACUGCGCCUAUAAGUUAGACCUUUCCAAAGCCUACGAUAGAGUUGAUUGGGGCUUCCUGGAAUGUCUGCUAAGAAAGUUGGGUUUCGAAGACAAAUGGGUGAGGUGGGUCAUGUCCUGUGUCACAACUGUUAAGUUCUGUGUACAAGUGAAUGGCUACUUAACUGAUGAGAUCGCUCCUACCAGAGGCCUCAGACAGGGAGAUCCUCUAUCCCCCUACUUAUUCCUGUUCGUAGCUGACAGCCUGUCCAAAAUGAUUUAUAAGGCUGUACAAGAUCAGGAACUUGAUGAUCUCAAAAUUUGCAGAACAUCGCCUGGGAUCUCACACCUGCUCUUCGCUGAUGAUUGCAUGCUAUUUUUCAAAGCUAAGAAUGACCAAGCAAAUAUCAUCAAGGCAAUCAUCACCUCCUUUCAAAAAGGCUCAGGCCAAUUGCUUAGCGCAAGCAAAUGCUCUAUUUUGUUCGGCGAAAGUUGUCAACAACAUAUCCAAGAUGAGGUGAGGCUAACUCUCGAAGUGGAACGCACUGAUUUUGAGGACAAGUACCUUGGACUGCCGACUCCUGAAGGACGUAUGAAAAAGGACAAGUUUGAGCCUUCAAAGGAGAGACUCGGCAAGAAGGUUAAUAACUGGGCAGAGAAGUAUAUGUCUAUGGGCGCCAAAGAAGACCUUAUAAAAUCGGUGGCACAGGCCAUUCCAAAUCAUGUGAUGGGGGUCUUUAAGCUGCCAGCAGGGUUCCAUGAUGAUUACACCCGUAUGAUUAGGAACUUCUGGUGGGGGGAGGAUGAGAAGAAACGGAAAGUCCAUUGGGAAGCUUGGGAUGUGCUAACCAGACCGAAAACAUUUGGCGGAGUAGGCUUCAGAGACCUCAAAAUCCUUAACCAGGCCAUGUUGGCGAGACAAUGCUGGAGGAUCAUCAAAAACCCAGAGAGCCUCUGUGCUAGGCUUCUAAAAUCUAUCUACUACCCGAGAGGGAACUUCCUGGACACGGUGUUUCGGCAGGAUGCUUCCCCCUCUUGGCGAGACAUCGAAUACGGCCUGGAGCUGAUCAAAGAGGGCCUUAUUAUGAGGAUCGGCAAUGGGGAGAAAACCGACUUGUGGAGAGACAACUGGCUGCCAAGAGACUAUAACCUAAAGGUGAAAGCUGGAAGAACUAAUACCAGAGUAAGAAAGGUAAGCCUUUUACUGAAGCCGGGAACCAACAGUUGGGAUGAAGACGUGGUUAGAAAAUGCUGCUACCCGGAGGAUGCCUCUGUGAUUCUCAACAUAAAGCUCCCCGCCCACAAAUGUGAGGACUUCCCAGCAUGGCAUUAUGAGAGCAACGGCCUGUUCUCUGUGAAAAGUGCAUACAAACUUGCAUACAAUCUGCAACAUGAUGUCAGGUGGCAAGCUGGCACUAGUGAGGCUCCAGAUAAUUCAAGAAUGAUUUGGAAGACCAUAUGGUCUGCUCCGGUCCCUAAUAAAGUAAAGAUAUUUGGGUGGAGAACGGCACGAGACAAUCUUGCAACCAAAAGGAACAAAUUCAGAAGAACUUUAGAGACUCAAAGUACUUGCACAAUCUGUGGUAUGGAUGAGGAAACUAGUUACCAUGCCACAGUCGCCUGUACAAAAGCAAGAGCGUUGAGGGACAAGAUGCGUGAACACUGGAAUCUUCCCCAAGAAUCUAUGUUCAGGCAUACAGGAAAGGAUUGGUUGCUUGUUCUAUUAGAUAGAUGCAACAAAAAGCAAAGAGCACAGGUUCUCUUAUUACUGUGGCGAGCCUGGCAUCUCAGGUGUGAUGUGAUAUACAAGAAAGGUAAUGAAACAAUCACAAGAUCGGCCUCUUUCCUUCUGAAUUACGACUACCUCCUGUCAGACCCAAGUGAAAGUGCUACAAAGGAUAAAGGUAAAGUGGUCAUUGAUUCUUUUGUUUUGACUAACCAAUCUCACUCUCCUGUGCUUAGUGGAAUAGAAGAUGUAAUUCAGAAAUAUUGGACUCCUCCACCGGAGAGAACCAUAAAGGUCAAUGUAGAUGCGGCAUUCGUGCCACAGACUGGUGAGGCGGCCAUCGGUGUUGUUGCACGCGACCACUCUGGUGCUCUCGUCGCCGCUCUAAGCCAGAGUACAAGCUUAUGCCAGUCUGUAGAAGAAGCUGAAGCGAAGGCGAUGCUGGCCGGUUUACAGCUGGGCAUCGACCUGAACCUGGAGGUGUCUGUUCUUGAAUCAGACUGCUCAGCGACAGUUUCUGCAGCAAACAGUCAAGUACCCAACAGAUCAAAAAUCUGGAGCAUCUACAAGGACAUACACAAAGCUAGAUCGCUGCUUCACGGGUGUUCUGUGAGGCAUACUGGGAGAAACCAUAAUACGGUAGCACAUGAGCUUGCAAAGCUUGCCAGGUUCUCUGGCGCCUGUAACAUUUGGUUGGCCGACUUUCCACAUGCUGUAGUUGAACUCGCUUUAAGCGAUGCUGUAAACAUUGUGUCUAUUUAA